UUAUAAGACUCUACACUCGAAACAGUGGAGAACGAAAGAGCAAAAAAGUCAGAAAGAAUUAUGAAGAAAAUCAGAAGAACAACCAGAACCCGAAAACAUGAACAACAGGGGACGCACAUGUGUGAAAAGGAAAUUAAGCACCAAGAACUGGCACUCUAGCUAAACCCAUCAAACGAUCAUGGAUGACCGUUCCUUCCCCAACCUUCACCACCAUCGCCACCGCCCAUCCUUUCACCUCACCUUGCCCAGCCUUCAGAGCCCAGAAGCGGGAUACCAGCCAGUCCUGGACUCCCUGGAGCAGUAUGGAAACAGAGGGGAAGAAUCUGCGUCUUUCCCGGCUUCAAACACCUCUUCUGGGGGAAAAAGGGGGAGCAGUGGGGGUGAUAGAGGCUUCCAAAAUACAAGUUUGGAUGGAGAUGCUAGCUUGGGAGGCCAUCUUGACAGAGAUAGUGGGUUAGGUAGCCAUUUUGCUGACACCUGGUAUGUUAGUGGCAAAAAAGAGGACGUUUGGGAAGACGGCGAGAGUUGUGAAAGCAUUGCAGAUGAUUUUUAUAGUAAAGGUGAUUGCUACAGUAACACAAAUGAUGGUUUUUACACCAUGAAUUGUGGCAGUGAGGAGGGACUCAGGCGUAAACUCAGAGCAAGCUAUAAUAAUCAUGCCCAGGUUAGCUGUGAAGCUAAAAGUGAACCAGUUUAUAACAGGGAGGCUAGCAUUAGCCACUUUACUAAACAAACUACUUCCCACAACAGAAGUGCUGCAGGAAGCUUUAGUGACAGCAGUAUAGAGUAUUGUAGGACAGAUUCACGAGUGAGUGAUAAUUAUUUAGGAAGAGAAGAGGACUAUGGGUCCAGCUGUGGCUCAGGUGAGGAUCAGCUUCAACCAACUGAGCUUGAGGGACCGUGGCUCAGUGUCUCUCCCUCGAGUCAGACCGGAGAAGGGAGGUGGAGAGGAGCAGCAGACACCCUUACUUUGGCCUCAGGGUGCCUACCACUGAGGUCACCUAUCACCAUCAACAGUGGGACGUACCCUCAGAAACUGGACUCGUUUUCUGAGGCUUUCCUCUCUCAGCGAAAGAGAAGAUUCCCUCAGGUUCCCAGUGGGGAGUCCUCAGGACAGAUGUGGGAAUUUGGAGUAGGGAAAGGAGAAAGCCCUGGAUUGGUCAAGUCAAGGAACAGCUGUGCUUUUGAUUCAGACUGCUACCUGCCUCCUUCCUCCUCCUCCUCACCUGCUCACCCUUCUCUUCCGUCUUUCCCCUCUCCUCCCACGUCAUCUCACCUCAUGUCUUCAGUUCUUAGUCCUCCUCCCACACCUCUACCUCCUCCGUCUCACUCGCCCUCCAAAAUGGACUCUCCCAGUGCAUUCGUUGGAACUGGACAUUCAGUUUCCCUGGGGGGAGAAUCAAUUGGUACGCUCCAGUUUUUCUCUUCCCGCCUUCAGUCUCUCCCAUCUGUCCAUUCCCCUGGGAUGUUAUGGAGGUUUCCAGUACCGUCACAUUGCUUUCCACAGUCGUCGGGCGACCCAGGCAGCAAUGAGGGCAACCUAAGAUCUUCCCAUGGUGCUGAGUAUAGCAACAUCACAGCCCCACACGACAUCCUUCAGUCUCCUGAGCCGUCAUUCCUUACCUCCCCAUCACAUCAUUCAUCCCUCCACCCUCCACCCAGAGCCCUGUGUCCCUUGAACACUCCAUCUCUCCAUCUCUCCCCACAUCUUCCCUCUCCUCCACCCCACCUUUCAGCAGAAAAGGUAGCUCCUUACUUGGUGACCCAUAAAGUAAAGAAUGGACCAGCCUCUCUUAACCAGCCACAGCUACAGCAAGUAGCCUCUCUGGUCUACACUGGAACACCCUUUCCCAGUAUCCUUCACUCCAGCAGGGGUCAGACGAGGGGCCACUACACUCCCCGACCCCUCCUCAAUCCAGUUCGCAGGGGGACGGGGCUGUACUCCCCCCUCUCAUCUCUCCAUCACAGAGAGGACAAAACAUUCGCAGAAGAGGAGGAGGAAGGCGGUGUGUUACACUAUGUCAAUGUAGGUAAAGAGUUCCAGGCAGAGCUUCCUCCGUGCUUUGCGAAUGGCAAGGACUCAGAGGUGUGGCCACCAGAGGAGGAGUCCCCCAGGGAACAGUUGCUCUGGAAACCAUCGGAGGAGCUGGAUGAGAGCGCUAACUUACAAAAGCAAGUGGAGACACUGUUGUCCAUGUGUAGUUCAAGCUGCCUACCAGGAGGGGGCAGUAACACAGAGCUGGCUCUGCACUGCCUGCACUACUGCCACGGGAACACAAUGGGCACUCUGGAGAUGCUUCUGUUUUCACAGCCCUCACCAACAGGAGACUACCACUACUCUGGUAGUGAUUUUUGGACAGACACUGAAAAGAGUCUAUUCAGCACAGCUCUGGGGACUUACGGAAAAGACUUUUCACUCAUACAGAAAAUGGUAAGCACUAAGACAGUGAGCCAGUGUAUUGAAUUUUACUACCUGAGUAAGAAGCUCCUGGACAAGCAGAAGAAACAGAAGGAGGAAGAGAGUAGAGAUGGAGAACUGGAGCGGCAGAAAAGUGCAACACCCAUCUGUCAGCCAGUGGACAAACAGUUUGGACUGGAGGAGGCGGUUCCUGUGCCCUCAUUGGCCAGCUUCUUUCCCUGCAAGCUGUGUGGCAAAAUGUUCUAUAAAAUCAAGUCCCGUAACGCUCACAUGAAAAUCCACCGCCAGCCUCAGGAGGACUGGACCGACAGGCGGCUGCAGCACCAGCUCCUCACCCAGCGCCUGGCCCUCAGUCGCACCGCCAACCUCAUGCCCACCUCAGGCAGUAAUCUGCUCCCAACUCAGGCUCCAGCUCUGACCUUUCCCUCCUCUGGCCUCACUGGAACAUCAAGCAAUGCAGACAAUAUCCUCAACUCUGUAACCAAUAGCAAUGCCAUCACUCCCAGCAAUGCCAAUGUCCUGGAUCCCAGCACUGCAGUGACGUAUGGCAACAUCGCUGCUUCAAACUCUCAUGUAAUCACCAAUAUUGGCACUAGUGACUCAAAUCAAAGAGAGCCCGCCACCAUCUUACCUUUCCACCAGUCAUGGGGCUCAUUUGGACAUGGCCCCAACCCUGCGGCCUUCUACUGCAACGCAGAUGGGAAAGAGGAUGUAGGAAAUGGGUCGGUGGGGGGGAAAGAGCCAAUCAACUGGCAGUAGUGUUUAACUCUCCCAAAAGCAUUACUAGCACUGAGGUCUCAGAUUUCAAACUGAAAUUCAAACUCAUUUUUUAUUCAAACUUAUGUAUUUUUUAAACUCAG